AGAAAGCACAAUAGCACUGAUAGAGGACACAAGCAGGAGCUCUUGAAAGUAUUCUUGGGGAUAACAUAAAGGAGAAGGUCAUCAGAGGACAGGAGAAAAAGAAAGCAUCUAACAGACAUUUUUUCUUAUGCCAACUGGAGCACUAUCAGGAUCGAGCAAUGACAUCCUAUGAGUCUCAAGGUCAGUCUCCGACAAGAUGUGGGCCUCAGUUCCCUAGCCUAGGACAGGAACCUCCAGAACUGAGUCUAUACAGCGACAGCUACUAUCCGCCUCCUUCCCUUCCGAGUCCACAGAGAACCAACCCUUCUUCAUAUGAACUCGGAGACUAUGCCGCAUCCUCGCCUAACCCCUACCUGUGGUUCAACAGUCCAGGAAUGAACAGCGCUCCUUAUCUGGGUGGAACGCCUGGCCCUGCUGGACCUUCUUUUGUUCCCCAGCACUACGGCAUGCAGAGGCCCUAUUUGGGACCUGGGCCACCGGGCGGUCCUGGUGGGGAAUUGAGCUGGUUCUCCAUGCCAUCUCAGGAGGAUCUAAUGAAGCUGGUCAGACCACCGUAUUCAUACUCUGCUCUUAUUGCAAUGGCAAUACAUGGUGCCCCAGAACGCCGCCUGACCCUCAGUCAGAUUUAUCAGUAUGUUGCAGACAACUUCCCUUUCUACAACAAGAGCAAAGCAGGAUGGCAAAACUCAAUUCGACACAACCUCUCACUCAAUGACUGUUUCAAAAAAGUUCCACGAGAUGAAGAUGAUCCAGGGAAGGGCAAUUACUGGACCUUAGAUCCGAAUUGUGAAAAAAUGUUUGACAAUGGCAACUUCAGACGCAAGAGGAAGAGAAAGUCUGACAGUCUCCCAGAGAAAAGCAGUUCUGGAGGGAAUGAGUCAGGAGACAGUAAUGGCAGGGGCAGCCCGAAAAGUCAAUCCAUUGACAUUUCCACUUCACCUGAAAAGGGCCCAUCACCCGCAUCCACGGGUCCGUCGCCAUGCUUGAGCAACUUUCUGACUGAGAUGUCUGGAGUUGCGGCCGGAUCUCUUGACAUGGAAGCGGAUCCCCUGAGUCGCCCCUUUACACUCAGUCUGCCAGUAGACGGAGCACAGAGAGCUUCACAAGCCACAGGUUUUUCCACCUUCACUCCAAGCACUACGGUGUCCGAUUGGGCUUCACCUCUGCACCCACCUCCACCCAUGUCCUCGUCACCCUCCCACUCCACUUUAGCUUACAGCGGGCCUGCUCUCAGUCAGUUUAAUGGCCAUUUCUUCCCUGGUCUGAGCUCCACAGGUAUUCUUUACCCUCGGGAAGGCACAGAGGUGUAGGAUGGGAAGCAGACGACAGACAAGCUGAUCAACCAAUUCAUGCUACAGACUAUGGGGGCAAGAAAAAACACUGUUGUUUUCCUGAAACUAUACACUGCUAUUGGCCUAACUGAACUCCUCUGAGUUCUGUGGGCACAAGAUACGAAUGAAUUCCCACAGGAAUAGCCUAGUCAGCAGCAGAUAUGACAGGCUGACUCCAGCAAAAGGCCCCUGCUACCAGCAGCUCUGACCCGAGGUCAGCUGCUGACAUCAAGCCAUUCUACACACCCAUCUCAUUCCUAACUCAUAUUACUGUCACAGAAUGCAAACACCUGUAACGAAACUGAGCAGAUAAGGCAGAGAAAAUGCAUACGGUGUAGCAGAUUUUCUUCUUCUGCGGCAUGCUGGUAUUGUCAUAUGAUACAGUCUGCCUUUGUAUUUUAACUUGACUAAUUUUGUUUAUGUAUAUUUGUUGUAUGUGUGAAUGUUGGAAUUUAUUUUAUUUUAUUUUACUGAGGUUCCUAA